AUGAUGCACCUCUUCUUCUUGAUAAUUCUCCUGGGACUCCCAUGGGUGCACACCUCUGUCAACAAUACCAGUGGGUUGGACAACAGUACCAGUGGGUUGGACAUGGCCAUCAAACCUAGGCAACGUAUGGACUCUCGGCAGCUCCUAGUCUACAAGAACUGUGCAGAGGACUGCUCAUUUGCGCUUAUUCAGCCUCCACCAACCCCUAGAAAGCUCCCACCAACCACUUACUUCUACUACACCAUGUGCUGCUCAGGCCAUCUUUGCAAUGAAGGAGGACCUUCCAAUAUAGAGAGGGACUUGUUUCUCCCUCCUGUGAUUGAGGAAGGGGUAAUUGCAAAAGCUGUGUGUCUGGGCGAGUUCAACCUUCUCCUGAACCUUUCCUUAAUCCUCUCCAGCAGCAUACUGACCUGA